AUGGAUUGUCACCCCGUGAAAAGUUUGGAUGUGUCCGGUGUAUGUGAAGGAGGUCAAGUUGAGAAAAGGAAAAUCAGAAGAACACUUGAACAGAAAUGGCAUCUAUCUAUCUAUCUAUCUAUCUAUGCCAGUCUCUUCUUAUCUAUCUAUCUAUCUAUCUAUCUUGUAUGUUCAUAUCUCUCUCUCUCAGUAUAUUCAUAUCUAUCUAUAUAUCUAAGUAUAUUCAUAUCUACCUAUCUAUCUAUCUCAUAUAUUCAUAUCUAUCUAUAUAUCUAUCUAUCUCAGUACAUUUCUAUCUACGUAACUAUCUCAGUACAUUUCUAUCUACGUAUCUGUCUAUCUCAGUAUAUUUCUAUCUGUCUAUCUCAGUAUAUUCAUAUCUCUCUCUCUCUCUCAGUAUAUUCAUAUCUAUCUAUCUAUCUCACUACAUUCAUAUCUAUCUAUCUAUCACACUACAUUCAUAUCUAUCUAUCUAUCUAUCACACUACAUUCAUAUCUAUCUAUCUAUCUCACUACAUUCAUAUCUAUCUAUCUCACAUUUUGCUCUAUCUAUCUAUCUAUCUAUCUAUCUAUCUAUCUAUCUAUCUAUCUAUCUAUCUAUCUAUCUAUCUAUCUAUUUUCAUCUAUCUAGCAUUUUGCUCUAUCAUUCAUCUAUCUAUCUAUCUAUCUAUCUAUCUAGCAUUUUGCUCUCAUCUAUCUAUCUAUCUAUCUAGCAUUUUUGCAUUUAUCAUCUAUCUAUCUAUCUAUCUAGCAUUUUGCUCUCAUCUAUCUAUCUAUCUAGCAUUUUGCUCAUCUAUCUAUCUAUCUAUCUAUUAG